AAUGACGUCAUCACCGCGCGCCUACAUGUGGGCACAGGUCAGACGGGGGUGAUCAUCAGCGGGUCUCUUGGUCGCCGGCUCGCUUGUCAAAUGAAAGCUUCGCAGUUGUUGAGCGUUGUUUUCUAUACUUGUCGUGUUUUAUCGGAGAGGACACACCGCGAGUGAUUUAAACACAGCCGGAGAUGUCGUACUGCAGGCAGGAGGGUGAGUGAGAAGUGGUUUUUAAUUCAUUUUCACUCCACGGCUGAGCAAUGUCACCGGACCAGCCACCAUGCUAGGCUAACUUGUCAGAAACACCAUCAAACAUUAGCAGAGAUUUCCCAGCUUUAAUGCAACAGUGACAGGUUUAAUGUUACAGCUAACUUCGACAGGACUGUGAAAACUAGGGAAGGCCAGCUGCUAGACUGAGUCCUCGGGGUUACAACCGGCUAUUUCAGUCCUCUGCUCUGGACAUAUGUAGUCUUUAAUCAGACCGGAAGUUUACCAUACUCAUGAGUCAGAUAUCAAUGUUCACAAAAGUUCUUGUUCUUGUUGCUGUUGAAGGUAAAGACCGGAUCAUCUUUGUGACUAAGGAAGACCAUGAGACACCCAGCAAUGCUGAGCUCAUAGCAGAGGACCCCAAUGAUCCUUAUGAGGAACAGGGUAAGUCAUAUGAGCCUUUAUUUACCUCAUUUCAUAUCAUUUAUUAUUUUUGUCGAACAUGUGUGCGCAACACAAGGAAGUAAACUGAAAACAAACAAAAACCAAUGAGAAUAUUCAAAACAACAACAAUAAUAAUCAAAGCAAAAAAGUUAAAAUAAAAAAAAAUACUGGUAAUAGUAAUGCAAACCCAACAUGUCCGAAAAGGAGAAGGAUGAAGCAUUAUGCUUUUUUUUUUUUUAAACCUACCCACUCUCCUCUACUCAAUAAACAGUCAGUUUCAAAACAUAUUUACAUGAUAUAUACAAAAAGUAGAACAAUAGAGUGAAUAAGUACAUGAAUCAUUUCUGAAAACACCUGUUGGUGAAAGCCAUUCUUCCUCCCUGUACCUAUUUAUACUUGUUAGAUUGGCAAGGGGAGACGUUCAUUUACAAAGAUAGCACGUCAACCACAGAGGCAAAAACAACAGUAACAGACAUUAGAGAAACUAAAGUUCAUGCUAUUAGAAACUAAAGUUGAACUGGUUGAGGUCACACUACAAACAAGCAGCUGCUGGAAGAGAGUAGGUGAGUUGUGUUUAGUCUCUUUGCUCAAGAAAUUAGGCAAAGUUAAAAAGAUGUUUGGUGGCUAGUGCUGUGGCUGGAACCCUAUAUGUACUGUUGAUAAAGUUAGGUGCUGUUCUGAGCAUUAUUUGUGGCUGUAGAGUGGUGUUUUUCUUGAGGUUUGUUUAUGGCUCCUGAGACCACUGUGUAUUGCUAUCAUGCGGUCGUUACAACAUUCAGCUCUUGAGGAGGUGUCUAACAUGGUGUUACAGUGUGUUUGACCCUAAAUUAAUUUUACGCUGGAAUAUCCCUUUUAAGAGUGUCCCAGGAUCACUGUUGCAAAGUGUACAUAACAUAUUCAUAUGUGUGUUACUAUCAUCUUUACCGAAUUUCCCCUCGGGGAUUAAUAAAGUUCUCUAUCUAUCUAUCUUAAUGGUUUCCCUUCCCUUCAGGUCUGAUCCUACCAAAUGGGGACAUAAACUGGAACUGCCCGUGCCUGGGUGGCAUGGCAAGCGGACCAUGUGGGUCUCAGUUCAAGGAGGCCUUUUCCUGCUUCCACUACAGUAAGGAAGAGGUGAAGGGCUCCGAAUGCAUCGACCACUUCCGUGACAUGCAGGAGUGUAUGCAGAGGUACCCCGAGCUCUAUCCUCAGGAGGAAGAAAAAGAAAGCUCCUCAAUGGAAGAAUCUAACUCGGGGUCUGCCUCUGCUGCACCAGCUGAGAGCUCCACCUUAGCCCCUGAAACUGACUCUACCCCAGACCCUGACAGCAAUUUACCUACAGACACCCAGACUGCCAGCUAAAGUUGUCAUCCAGGCUGUUGUUCUCCAUGUGACUGCACUGCCCUGCAUAAAUGACUCCACGGGAGCUCUGGAAAGCCUUCAGAAGGGGCUCACUUACCUGCCUAACUGUGCAAUUCAUGGGCGAUAUCCACUAUCUGUUGAAGAGGAAUUCAGUGUAUGCAGAGAAAAGACUUAGUAAAUUUUGAAGUAAAGGCUGGUCUUCUGCUGGGCUUUCAAAUCAUUUAUUAUUAUUAUGGUUUAAUGACAGCGGGCCAAGCAGGGACAUUAGCUGAUAAACUCCUUCUAUAUGCAAAAGAAUUUUACUUUGCUGUGUAUUUUCCUGUCAAUCAGAAGAACUGCUUAUUGUUUAUUUUCAGUAUGUGUGUUCUGUCCAUGUCACUAGUCAAGAAUGUUACUUGCACUGAUAAUUAUAACUAAUUACAUACAAUCUAUGAGACAGAAAACUAAUAAGUAAUCACCAGAAUUACCAAUACAACACUGCUCAGCCUAUCUAAGGAAUCUACCUCUGCUCUAUACAGUUUGACUUAAACAUCAGCUUAACGGAGACUGAAUACCUUUAUUGUAAAUGACAUGGGAGACACAAACUCAUGUAGUUGUUCAGAAACACAAGACAGCUGUUCCAGGUUCCAUUAAGUAUACAUUAGAAUAAUGUAACCAUUAGUUUUUAAAUGUUUGACACCGUGUUAAACUCUCUUGGUCUUCAUCCACAUUUGUUGCCAUAUUAUGAACAAUACUCAGCCUUUCAUUCACAUAAACCAAAGUGGUUUGUCACUUCACACUGAAACUGCAUUAAGGGUUCUUGUCUUAACGCUGUCCACAGUCUUCACUCAGAAUCUGUGGCCACCAUUCCCUGUUAUUCGGGCCUUAAAAGACGUAAUAGAUUUCAUUUCUUUAAACAUGCAGAUUAAAAUGAAGUUGGAACAAUGUCAACUCACUGUUUUGUUUUGUUUUGUUUUGGUGGGUGUCAUUUGGUUUCAUUAAAAUUGCAAAGAAGAUGAAAAA